AAACUGUGAUGUAUAAUCUUUCUAUUCACCAAAUUAUCUUAUACGUGAUCUACUUCUCUGACACAUGUUUGCCUUGUAAAUUUGAAUAAAAUUAAAUAAUUUUUAAAAAGUCCAGGUUGAUUCACAAUAAAGUAUCUUCAGCAACUUAAUGAUGUAUACAUAUUUCAUAUAACCAUGACAUAAAACCCAUUUUAUAUAUAUUAUAUUAAAUUUUUCUGACUUUCUGACUAGUAGGUGCACGUCUAAGCAUAAAUUGGGCGUUAAUGCUUAUCUUUUUCUUUCCCUGUUUAAUACAAACGUUAUAAAUAAAUUACAAUAUAAUAACUGGUCUUAUUUCAUUUUAUUAAUACUCUUUGGGAGGGAAUUCUAAAUUGUAAUGAUACAUCUAUAAAUAUACCAGUUAAUCAUUCAAAACCAGUGACAGUGUAUAACAUUCAAUAACGCUUGUGUGCUUUAUAUUAACGUUGAACUCUUACAAAAGAGAAAAUACUGUAAAGACUUUAAAAAUUAGUCACGAUGACUGAAAUCUAACUAAUGGAAUUACAAAAUGCGCCAUGAACCCAAAUAAGCAGAAUUCAAACAAUAUUAAAAAACCUUUCUGAUAACAAUAUGUUUUUCAAUAAUACUUUUGCAUAAUAAUAAAUACUAUAUAACCUUACACCGUUUAAAACAUGAAAGGCUAAAAGACAUAAAAAUUUGCUAGAAUAUUCCAACAAGAGAUUGGCCGCUGUCGUCAUCGUACAGAGCAUAACGCAAGGCGUACAAUUUGCCACACGGGGCACACCGGUUGGUCGGAGUUUACGCCUUGAAGACAAGCACAACUACUUAAAAACGACAGGUGACAAACACCGCCCGGUCGUGUUUUAACCGGCGAAGCCACACCAAUUCUCCAAACUGUCAUUACCGUUAAUAAAACUAUGAGCUCAGCUAACUUGCUUAGCUUCAUAAUCGGUCUUGGAAGGCGGUGUGAGCCUUAUGAGUUAAUUUCUAGAUGGUUCCAUGCUCACCAUAGACAGGCUGAGAAAUGUAUCACUAACUUACACGGAAAAGCAGUUCAAUUUCCCAGCAAUGAGCACAAAUGGUCGCUGAAAGCAGAGAAGUUGCGUUCACGUGUAUUACAGUGACACAGGGAGGCAAACAAACAACAUGUGCGCUGCCAGAAGUGUUUGGAGAUGGGACACUGGACCUACGAAUGCACCGGGAAGAGGAAAUAUGUGCACAGGCCAUCAAGAACGACUGAGCUGAAAAAGAAACUCAAGGAAAAUGAAAACAAACCCCUCAGCAUAGCUGGACCAGGCACAGAAGGCUCCAGUGAGAAGAAAGUGAAAAAGAAGGCUAAAGACUCGAGCGACAGCAGCAGCGGCUCAGGCGGCUCCUCCAGUGACUCAUCGUCAGACAGCAGCGAUUCCUCCAGCUCCUCUUCAGAUGACAGCAGCAGUGACAGCGACGAUGACAGCUCUUCCUCCUCCUCAUCCUCUUCUUCGUCCUCCUCAUCUUCGUCCUCAGACAGCUCAGACUCAGGAAGUAGCAGCGAUUCGGAUCAAGGACCUCCUAAGAAGAAGAAAAAGAAGAAAUAAACAUUGUGGAAUCAGCAGGAUUUCUUGUUGUUAUUUUUCUUUUCCUGAUUUUUUUUUUUUUUUUUUUUUUUUUUUUUUUUCCCCUCCUUAUUAAAAAAACAACAACAACAACUGAGUGGAUAUGGACUAAGGAGAGGAGACACGAUGUCACAAAAGAGAGAAAUAAGGCAAUUCCAGUGUUACUUCUACUAGUGGGAUAUUUUCUUCAAUUUUUAGGUCUACUAAGGAUACAAACUUUAAAUAUCCAAAGCAACGAAUGUGAUUAAUCAAAUGAAAUCUUGUGAUUUUGUACUUUAGUAUAUUUUUAGUGAAACUUAAUCUGUACAGUUCAAAAUCUUUAUAAAACAGCAGCAUAUCUAGAACUGAAAAGACAUGAUACAACAAUAAAAGAUUAUAUAACAGUUGUUUUAGUCUGAAUAAAAUUAGUUACGCACACAAAA